AUGUCGCUUGAACGGACAGAACGUCGAGAGCCGUCCAUCGCGACACCAAGUGCCACCGGUCACACCCCGUCGCCCGGCCGCCCACAUCUGACACCUGCCAUCCAAUGGGACCCGCCGCGGGCCGUCCAGAGACAUCGGGAAGUAGACAAGACAAUAGUCGAUGUUGUUAUUGUUCUUGUUAUUGCCUGGAAGAACCAUGGCUUGCGCAGGGCGAGUCGGUUCGAGCUGGUCGAGCUGGUCGAGCUGGUCUGGUCGAGUCGAGUCGCGUCGCCGAGGGAGUUGAAUGGUUCACGGGAGCUGCCCCGCGCAGAAGCCGCGGCCAAUGGACGGCCCGGAAAAGUUGCGCUUCUAGCAGCGAAGAAGGUGUUCACGGUAUCCGCUGGCUGCUCCCCCGCGCCAAUCACCAUGGCACUGGUUACUUCUGGUGCGCCACAAUGGGCAAUGCGCAUGAACCUCGAAUCCCGCGGGAAACCUAUCACACCGUGA